AUGCCAAUAGACACCCUCUUCCCACAGAAGUUGGCGACACAACUCAAUGAAGAACCGACUGAGAUAGGAAAGACACUUGACAUAAUCAAAAGCGGUGAUGUUGUAGCCAGGAAGGAUGUGGCAUAUCUUGUCACAAGGACACCAGCACCUUUUCACUUUAGCAAGUCACCAACUACUUCUUACGACUCGACAAAUCCAAACAAAGUAAUUUGUGAAGCAAAAGAGGGGGUGUUGUCCGUGAAAAUAUUUGAUUCGACGCGGCGCGUGGUUGAGGCAUUGAGUGAGGUACUAACAACAAAUCGGAUAAGUGAGCUUCGGGAGUGUUUUGAGUGUCAGAAUGAUGUUGAGAAACGUGGGCCCUGGCUGUUUUAUAUCAACAAUGUGAUAUUCACAAAAAAGUGUUGGGAAGAUGAGGUCCAAACAAAUGUUGUCGAGUGGCUCAACUUCAGAACAUUUGACACGGACGCUGUGACAGCACGACCGACUCUAUGUGUUGACGACAAGCAGCUUGGUGACAUUAAUAUUACAAUCGACAGGCCGUGUCUCUUUGGCCAUCUCUAUAACUGUGAACAUAACUUUGUCUUUGCUGACGCACGCAUCCCAACACAAGCAGACACAACUUCAAAGUACCCCGCAAUCGUUUACAGAAAGCUGCGCGCAACGCGAAGGUGUUCAAUCUGUGAAACAAACAAACCAAUCUACCAAGUCGUUGGCGAUGAACUCACACCAACAGAUCCGGCUUUCCUCUGUAAUGAAUGCUUUUCUCUUCUUCACCCCAACUACGAUAACGACAACACAUUCAAGUUAUUCAAACUCUGA